UUACAACUUGAAGACCCUCAAAUACAAGAAGAUUCUGUAAAUGAAGUGAUUGAACCAAAUAUCACUCAAGAAGACACUCAAGUCAAAUCACCACCUCUUUUAAGUUCUCAAAUCGAAUAUGUGCCUGAGGAUAAUACAGUUCCUCCUCUUCCUUCUUUUUCCCCCUCAAAAGACAGCGACGAUUCUCUUUCAGAACCCACACUCUCAUCAACAUCAAAUUGUUCAACACCAAGUCCACAUACUCUCAACGUCAUCCCAAAUAUUCAGAAACAGAAAUCAGAAAGUGUUCUUCUUAGACCAACAAAACUAGCUCCACACAUCGACUCAGAACCUCAACAGACCUUUAAAUCACUUCGAAAAAUUCCUCCAACUCUCCAGCCACGACUUUCCGCGUCUUCUCCUCAUGUCAUUUCCAAAGAAGAAGAACUUUCCGUCAAAGAGAAGCUUCGCCUAUUCGAGUCCAAAGUCGUUGAGAGUAAUCCCGUCGUUCCCGUUCGCACAGGAACGACGAUGAGGAAGUCUACACUUGGUGGUCAACACUUAUAA